CACAAGCCUCUGGAAUAUCCCGUAAAAUCAAGACGCAGUAUUCGUCGACAUCGAUUCUAGUCGACUGUGUUUCACGCGGUUACAGAGUGUUCUUAGAAAUUACAUUCUUGUAAACAACUUACAGAAUCAAGGAAAAAUUAAACAGGAAAUUUUCUUCCACUCUAAUGCAACUUUACAAUACAAUUUUACAUCUGCGAGGAGGGAUUGAAACAGGAGGACCAGGUGAGAGUGCGCAGGAACAUCUCGAAGGAGGGUUACGACGAUCGACGGAAUCGUCGUUGGUUAGAGAAAGAAAGAGCGAAGGGUGAGGAGAGGGUGAUAGCGGCUGGAUUGCGCACACGCGAGAAAUUUCCCGGGAAUCGGGUCUUUCCGGGUCUGCGACACGGUACUCCUUCGUUCGGCUCACUCGAGCGUCCGACGCGCGACACGGCAACAGGUGACCAGGAACAACGCCGCGAAAGAUCCUCGAAACGAGCAGAAGGAUCAACGGAACCACCAGUGACGAAACGAGAUCGAACAUCAUCAGGAUAUCCGGUUAGGAGUUCGAACCUCCUGGAUUUCACUUGAUUCGAGGAAAACAGUUUUCGUCGAAGGGACGAUAAAGGUAAAGAGGAGAUUUCGAGAGGGAAAAUGAGCGUCGAGGACGCCAUCAACUAUAAGCCCAACGAGGAGGAGGAUUACUAUGCUCUUCUGUCGUGCGAUGAAUCCGCGACGGUGGAACAAAUCACAACAGAAUACAAGGUUCUAGCGCUUCAGUAUCACCCGGAUAAAAACGAGGGAGACAAGGAAGCUGAAAAGAAAUUUCAGCAGUUGAAGCACGCGAAAGAGGUUCUCUGCGACCCUGAGCGAAGAAGCAACUACGACAAGUGGAGGCAUAGCGGAAUCGCAAUUAGCUACAAGCAGUGGCUUGGGAUGAAGGAUAACGUGCAGCAAUCGAUGCAUUGGAGCACACCGAAGACGAAGGAUCGCAUGCUGCAGGACACUUCCGGCGAUGCAGCUGGUUCAUCGGGCCAAGGAAAGGUGCAGCCACCGAACGCACACAGAAGAGCCUCAGAGGGUGGUGCGAACAUCUACUACGGAGCUCGUCGCGAUCUCGGUUGGGAUUCCGAGGCACCGAGCGAGGUUGUAAACAAGUUUCGUAAUUAUGAAAUCUAAGAAGAGACCCGCGUGUAAGCGGGGUCCGAACCGGUAGGACCAACAGUCACGCGCUCUCUCUGUGUUUACCUUGAUAUUCGAAGCAUAUCGAACAGGAAUACGAGAAACAGCCAGCACAAACCUGUAAUAAUAACAACACACUGUCUCAAUGUAAACCGAUGAUCGUUCGUCAUUGUCCAACCGAGAUGCAACGCAAGAGGAUCGAAGGUUUCUUCUAUGAGAAAUUUACACCAACGAGAGAUAUACUUUGUUCAUUUUUAUUUUCAACCCAUUGUUUAUAGAAAAUUUCAAAUCAGUCUAGGAAUGAAAUAAGAGAAGAUACGAUGUUCCUGUCGAUCCUAGUUUCGAUGGAAGACGGUACGUAACAGGAUAACUCGUUUAAAGUUCGAAAGGAGAAACGAGGUCGGAAAAGUCUGAAGAGCGUGAUGGAAAUAGUUUCGAUGGUUCGGGAAAAGAUUCUCCAAGAGGGAAUUUUGAAGGAAGAAUAGUGCCACGAUCGGUUGGACAGUGUUUUGAUAUCGUGUCGAGGGAGGAGCUGAUUCCACAAAGGGAUCCAGAUGUAAGGGAAUAACUAGUUGUUUCUACUAUACUGUUACUCGAAGUAGAAUACUUAAGUGGUUCAGUGUGAGAAUUUUCUUUCUUAAAUGUCGUGGAUACUGUUAAGAAUUUAAGGUAAAAAUUUUUAAAGUUCACUUUUCUAUUUAUAAUCGUCAUCUUGGAGAAGUCGAAGAUAAAGAAAUUUUUUUUGAAUUUUUAAAAAGUUCCAUCAUCGAUAUUUUUAUGAAAAUUUCAGUGAUUCAACGUUUAUCACCACUUAAGUAGUUCUCCCAUUGUCGAGUAGCUAGAAAAAAUAAGUAACUCGUUGUUUCAGCAUUGAGUACUUUUCAGUGGAACACUUGAACGGUUUACGCGUCGCAUGGUUUUCGUUGUUAAAGAUAUCGAGGAUAGAUAGGAAACGUGUUUUCGAUGAAAAUGGAAGAUUUCGUCGAGUUACAUAAAACACAAGAGGAACAAGAUAAACCGUUUAAGCGCAGAUGUUCCACUGUUGAGCGAAUCGAUGACGGCGCACUUGUACCUGUGUCAAACGCCAAGUACAUAUAUGUACAUGUACCUACAUACAUGUAUAUCGUUUUUUCUCGACGAUACUUGAAUGUUUGAAACCUCAAACCUCAUAGCCUCAUAGAUUUCGUACCCAUCCUUUUUCUACGUUAUCCAUCAACCCUUUCGCUGAGAAAAUACUUUAUUAAUAUUAUUUCACGCGUUACGUAUACCUACUGUUUUUCAAAUUUGAAAAAUUUAGCUGAAACUUUCGCUAUCCAUAAUUUUGAGACUCUGGAGCCCAAAUAUCCUAAACGUGUAGAAAAGGGUUGAUGAUAUUCCAGAUUUAUUUCACCGUCAUUCAUAAUCGGUAGAAUCCCAAUCACAACAGCGAGUUACAUCGUUCGAAUUGUUUCCGAUGUGUCGCGUUUACCGUGAUCUUUUUUCCUGUAGACUGCACGAAAGAUCAUCGGGUAGAUAGCGAUAGUCAACGAUGGAUUUUUGUAACGCACCUGUCACGUCAUUGGUGUACCUAUCGCGUAAUUAAGACACCUAGGCGGUACCGGCUAACGAUUGGUACACCAAAAAUAGCAGCAGUCGACUGGUGUGUAUCGAUGUGACCUUUUCGAUAUAUUAGUUCUCUAAGGCUCGAAGCUGUGGCUUAACGAUUAAUACCGUGUCACCCUGAAAACACGUUUCUCGUCUAUCGAUGUUGCAUUUUUUUACCCAUCAAUCCGUUGCCAUUACUUUUUUGCCAAAUCAUCCUUCGAUACAAUCCGUGAAUGUGCUAUCGGUACAUGAAAAUAUUCGUAUUUUCUUGGAAACUCAAUUUAGAUCCUUCGCACAGUUUAGACGAAAAAUUGGAUGAUUCGAAGAAAAAUGAACAGCAGUUUCGAUGAUAGGAACAAUUACACGCCGCGAUGGGAAGCAAAUUAGAGAUAUAAAAGUAUAUAAAAUUUUAACGUUUAGAAGUCGAGAACGAGUUCGACCAAUUACAUCACACUACCCGUGCAUCUGUCUUUUGCGAACGAAAUUUCUGAAACAUCUUGUAUGUACGUGUGUGUCCCACAUCUAUAUUUUUCUAGACGCGUCUGCGAAUUCCGCCUCGCGGAACAAUGUACCUUCUAUCUAUUUAUUAUUUACGCGCGAUCGACCUAUUGAUAAUAUCGCGCAUCCGAGGAGGAAAUUUGGAAACUCCUUUUUCGUUGUGAUCUAUGCAACCAGCAUGAAAUUUAACGCCCUUGUAAUUUUAACAGCACAGAAUAUGAUUGACGAAAUCAUUAGCAACGUUAAUCUUCUCCUUGAAAGAUUUCAUUACGGAUUACGUGCCACGCAUUGAUGAAAAUCGAUCGUUUCACUCCUCCUCGCGAACGUGUGAGUCUAUGUUAUGUGCGUAUAAAUAAAUAUAUAAAUAUAUAAUAUAAAUAUACAUAUGUAAUGUAUAAAAAAAUAUAUAAAUAUAUAUAUUCGUCACGCGCUGGACGACGCGACGGUAUGUACCUAUGCGAUUAAAGAUUCAAUAAAUGUGUUUAAUUAAGAA